GCCCCGCGCUGCUGCUCGCGCCGCUGGCAGCCGUGCGUGGCGAGAUGGCGCAUCGCAGGCUGGAGCGCCCGGACGUGGCUCGCAGCGGUCUCGGCGCGAACGCGGCGGCCUCGUCGCCUGGCCCCGAGGGCCCCCCCCUGCGGCAGCGGCCGACGCAGCCCUGGCGGACGUCGGGCUUGAGGCCCCCGCGUUCCCGUCGCGGGAAUUCGCCGAUCCUGGACUGCCCCCUGGCGGUGGUGCACCCCGUGGCGCUUCGAUGGCGCCUGUGGCCCCGUGGCCGUGGCCUGCCCCGCCUGGGCGUACUAGCGCAGCUCUUCGCCGUGACGUGGCGGAUCUUGGGCGCAAUUGGCCUGCUGAUGCACUGGGCGCUUCUGUUCCUGGUGCCGCUGCGGCUUCGGGAGCUCAAGGCUGUCUACGACUCUGCCUUCAAGGACUUCCACUCGUCCUGCAUGGCCGAGAUAUCUCGCAUCUGCUUGGCUUCUACGCACGCAACUUCGCCGUCGGUUUUCACGGCGGCCACCGGCCUGUUGUUCCAGCAAUUCGAUGAGCG